AUGGAGCUCGAUUUCUCAUCUUCAGCCUCCUGGAGCGAGCUCUGCCUGGCCGUGGCAGGCCUUUUAGGCCUGGCCGCUGUCUACAUGAUCAUCAGCGCCGUCAGGCGGCCGCGGCACGACAUGGACGCCAUCCCUGGCCCCUGGAAAUCGGCCUACCCGGUCGUGGGCAACGUGCUCGAGUGCCUUCGUCCAGACUUUCACAAAGUCCUUCUCAAGUGGGCCGACGAUUAUGGCGGCGUCGUGCGCGUGAAGUUCCUCUGGAAGGACGCGCUCAUAGUAACAGACCCCCAGGCCCUGGCCGCCAUCAUGGGCCGCGGGGAGGGCGCGCUGGAUAAGGCGGCUGGCGUCUAUGCGACCAUCAACUACAUGUGA